AUGGUGACUGGUAUGAAAUAUCCAGAUUUGGAGCUGUUUUAUGGGGAAGAUGGUACAAUGGGUCCGUACAAGAACAAUAAAGUCACACCGGAACGAGGAAUGCUAUUCAGCUUGGACAAGGAUAGAAAAGCAGUAACACACGUGACAAAAAUUGGCAUUGCUAACGGCCUGGCCUGGAGUUUAGACAACAAAACCAUGUAUUACAUUGACUCUGCUACCCGAAGAGUCGACGCAUUCGAUUUUGACAUAAAAGCUGGAAAAAUAACAAACAGGAGGACCAUCUUCGACUACCCAACGAAUGGUGUGGCAGGAUUUCCAGACGGCCAAGCUAUUGAUGCGGAUGGCAACCUGUGGAUAGCCUCCUAUGACGCCAAUCUGGUUAUUCAAGUCAACCCGUCGACUGGGAAGCUGCUGAAGAGGGUCGAGAUGCCAGCUCCGAAGAUAACUUCGGUGGCGUUCGGCGGAGAGAAGCUGGACGAGCUGUAUGUGACGUCAGCGAGGGACGAGCUGAACGACGAGCAGCUGCGCCGCUGGCCGCUGUCGGGCUGCACGUUCCGCGUCACAGGGCUGGGUGUGACUGGCCUGCCCGGCCAGCCCGUCUCUCUCUGAGCAGACACAGUCUGCCUGCCACUUGUCUUUUCUUCCUAGCAUGUCUAGCCACCUACUACCUAGAAACAUUACAUUUCUUCACGCAGUGUCCUCCAGUAUCACCGGUUUACUUAUUCUCCACCGACAGACAUACGAAACAAAACGGAAAAUUAUGUAGUUGCGCAUGUCUGUCGAUACUUUCUCCUUGUCACCUACCAUGUGGCUUCUGUCUCGUGGUUCCGUGACCUGUUGUGACUUUCAGUCUGUGUAGGAGAAGACUUUGGUUGCAUAAGUGGGUAUUCUACCAUACUUAGUACAGAACACUUGCUUUUAUGUCGCACUUUGUAAGUGUAAUAAAAAUGAACUUCUAUCAAGAGCACUUAAAUAAAGCCCUGAACUAUUGAGCCAUGCUGUACUAUAUGAAUAUUUGUGCCCCAGAGGUAAGACUGGCAACGCGAUCCAACCAUAAAUGUUUAACGAAAUAAUUACAGAAACACGAGCUUACUUAUCGUAUGGCAAACGGAAAGGAAUUUUGCAUAGACAGAUAUUCAAGCAUCAAUUAAUUGGUAACCAUUCAUCAAAACUUUGUCCAAAAGUUAUAUACUACCUAUACUUUCAGCUCAAAGGCAAAGCUGUGCUUGGGGAUUAUCCCUCGUAUCUGUAAUCACUGAAUUUAGAUUUGAAAAGAAUGUUUAUUCAAACGCUUA